AUGCCUGCACGUCAGUUUCCGGCGCAUACUUUCCAGAAUUUGCCUCGGGAGGUGUAUGAUUGCAUUAUUGCACAAUUGGAACAGAUACACUUGGGUCAAACCCAGACAUGUCGGUCAUGCUAUUUGAAAGACCUCUACGGUCUCUCGCUUACAAGCCGGUCGUGGAGCAAGGCUGCGACGCCUCAGUUGUAUCAUAAAGUUUUUGUUUUAACUAACGAGGACCACCCAAACUUGCCAAAGUUGAGAAUCAGAGGAGCGGGCAGACUCAAACUUCUAAGGAGAACGCUUCUUGAACGAAAUGCACUGGCUCAGUGCGUACGCGAACUGGACAUGUCGGACUUUCAAUUGCUGUACCAGAAUGCGACUAUCGAUCGCGAAGAGAUCGUCAAUCUCGUAGCAUCGUUAGUCAUGGCAUGUCCCAAUCUUGAACGCCUCCUGGGUUUCCAUAUACCCUACACGCGUUCCUCAUUUGACCGACUUUCACACGCAUUGUCGACAAGAUCGAAGUUGAAAGAACGGCUGUGGCUGUUGGCAGAACCAGAUUUAGAAUUCAUGGACGAGGAGGAGUUUGAUAUGAGCGGUUGCUAUAAUCCAGCGUACGACCCCACAGAACAAUUUCUUGAGCUCAACUCAAACCACACGGUACUAGACACUUUGGUAUUGCACCAGGACCAUGAACACAGCCCGUCGCCUCUGAACUUUCGAGCUAUUAUUGGUACAAUUCGUCAGUUUCCUUUGUUGCAAAAUCUUUCCAUUUGUGGACUCGCAGCGGCUUCAUUUACGAAUAUGACGUUGAGCGCUCUGCCAUCGAAUUUGCGGUCUCUGUCUCUUGAGAAUCUUCCGGGGUUAAACGAAAAAGGCCUUCAGCGCUUGACUGCCUCGCCACUGGCUGCGUCGCUUGAGAGCUUGAAACUGAUCAGUAUGAAAAUAACAAGUUUGGUUACGAUAGCAAAUAUCCUCUCUAGCCGUCUCGCCAACCUGAAAUACUUCGCUCUGGUACAACAUCGAGCGCCAGGCCUUUCUUCGUGGGCCUCUCUGCCGGACUUUUAUUCCCCCUCCGUACAGCGAAUUCAUUGGGAGAUCCGAACGCAAGCCGGCCCGCUACCAGCUCUCCAUCCACCACCGCCGCGUUCGUUUUCAAGAUCCGAGUCACCAAAAACCCCUUCCUUUCCGUUAAAAAAUUCAGAGCCAAUAUCUUGCCUUGCAACAUCGCUCCUGGCAACAAGCAUCCAAGACGGCGCGUUCCCUUCGCUCCGCAGUAUCCGCAUCCCUCACGAUCCACAAGGCCUCAUCCAAGCACUAUGCAAGCCACUAGCUACCGCGCUACUUCCAACAGAUGCUUCGCUCUUCACCUCGCCACCGCGGACGUCAAACCCAGCUAAAUCUUCGACAUUGCUAGACGCCCACCUCCCACUUUCGCCCAAAUUCGGCAACCCGCGUGCAGACUCAGCAAUGGACUCUCCGACGUCUUCGGUCAAUUUUUCUCAUCCUAUGCUCACGCCAAUGCGAUCUCGUCUUGCCGCCCAGUGUCGCAUCCUCGCUGCUCGAAAUAAUCCAUCUACGGCGGUGCGGAUAUACGAUCCGAAAGGUAAUCUUCGAAUCGACAAGGUUGUUGGAGGGUAUAUCGGAUGUCUCGAGAGUAAGAUCGUGUACGAACUUAAACCAGAUCGAGGUUGCACUAUCGAGUAUGAGGUGGAAGAUGGCGAUGUGGAGGGUAGCUACUGGAUCACUGGCGUUGAGGACGUAACCGGACAACGUGGGAUUGCUGGUGUGCGCAGGACGACUCCAAGCGCCUGUGAUCAUUCUGCCAGUGGAAGAGUCGGGAUAAAUGUUGCGAGGGUUAGUGAGAUGUGUUGA